UGUGACACGCACUGUGUAGUUGCUGCUGCUGUGUUCACUUGUCACAACACGACACAAGACCGGGAAGCAGGCAACAUGUUGGGAAUUCUCUUGGAGUUUUUGUGGACACUUCUGCAGGUCCAGAAAGAGGUGGGGAACGUGGACAUCUUGGUGAACAACGCCGGCGUGGUGUACGGGAGGUCUGUGGUCGAUUCUCUGGACUCCCAGGUGGAGAGGACAUUCCAGGUCAACAUAGAGGCGCACUUUUGGACUGUGAAGGCCUUCCUGCCGGCCAUGAUAGAGAGGAACUCUGGCCAUGUGGUCUCUAUAGCUAGCACAGCUGGCCUGUUUGGGGUGCCAGGUAUGGCCGACUACUGCUCCUCCAAGUUCGCCGCUGUGGGUCUGAGCGAGUCCCUGGAGAUGGAGCUGCACAAGGCGGGGAAGGACGGCGUGCAGACCACGGUGAUCUGCCCUUACCUCAUGGACACGGGCAUGUUUGAGGGAUGCUCUUCCAGGUUCCCGCUCCUGCUGUCAAUCCUUGACCCCCAGUAUGUGGCCACGAAGACUGUCCAGGCGGUCCUGUGCAACCAGAACUUUGUCAUCCUGCCCAAGAUUCUCUACCUCAUGUUCUUUCUCAAAGC